AUGCCUUUCAACAUCUGGUUCAAGUACGGUGAAAGUCAGCCGGAUAAAAUCAAGUUUGACGGAGAGGAUGUUGCCGACCUGAAGAUACGACGAGGAAGUGGAUCUCGAGCUGAAUUGUCUGGUAGAGAAGAACAUUGCUUCUGCGAAGAAGCCACUGAAAUAACAUUUAAGUCUAUCGCAAGAGAUGGUCUUCCCUUGCUUGGUGGGCAGGUUGGCCUUGAGAGUUCUUCAUCAAAAAAUGAAUCACAUGAAGAGGCAGACAUUAUAAACUCCAAGUUCUCACUCAUUAAUGAUUUAUCACUUGCUGAAACACCAUCAACAAUUUGGUUGACCUAUAAAAACUCGGGGUAUCUCAGUUACGCAUCUGAGGCUGAUAUUGCUAAUUAUGUCAAUAUAGUUUUGCGAGACACAAUACAUGCUAUGGGCAGAAGUGAUAAUAUCAUGCUGUAUGCUGAAAUGGCCUUCCGCAGUCAAAGACCUGAUAUUUGGGUUAUUUGUUGCAAUAGCCUGUCUGUGGGCUUUAUUAAAAUCAAGAAGCCAUCAGAUACAAUCAUGGAUGAGCCACUGCUGGCUGGUCAAUUGCAUAAAACUGAUACUGCAACCCAAAUGAACAUUGUAUCUAAACCACAAAGUGUAUCCAAUCCAAGUCAAUCACCUCUUGUUAUAUGUCUUCCAAGGAUUCCAUGUUUUGAUAAAGCAAAUCAAACAUCUAUUCUAGUUAUACGGCAUGACGUGUUCAGUUCUACUAAUAAGAAUCUCCCUAGGGCUAUUGCUUCUAUAUUAUCCAAGAUAGCAGCUUCAUUCAGGUAG